AUGGUUGUUGUGAUGGGUCAUGGAGGUGAUGGUGGUGACGAACCAUCACAUCCAUUCAGUGGAAAUUUUGGUGUUCACCAGAUUGAUGUUGUACCUCACAGACGAAGAGGCGUGGCGGUAAACAAGAAAAUGUGUCGGCUAUACGAAACAAAUAGUAGAUGGCCUCUAAAAAUAAUAUUUGACAGAAAUACCUUUGUGUCGAUUGGGGAUGUGUACAAAUGCUUCAUUCCGGAGGUUGGAAGUUAUAUUUGGCACGACAUAGCUUUUGAUACACCUGGAAAUAAGUUCCCGAAACCAAUCGGAAUGGCAUGUUUACGAAUCUUUCUAUAA